CACUUGAUGGCGAGUAUUCGUAAAAAGCUGGUGGUGGUUGGGGACUGGGCAUGUGGGAAGACUUGUCUGUUAAUCGUUUUCAGCAAAGAUGAAUUUCCAGAGGUUUAUGUGCCCACCGUUUUUUGAAAACUACGUCGCGGACAUUGAAGUGGACUCCAAACGAGUUCAGCUGGCUUUAUGGGACACGGCGGGGCAGGAGGAUUACGACCGACUUAGACCCUUGUCCUAUCCGGACACCGAUGUCAUCCUCAUGUGCUUCGCCGUGGACAGUCCGGACUCUCUGGAAAACAUUCCUGAAAAGUGGGUGCCGGAAGUGAAACAAUUCUGUCCUAAUGUGCCCAUAAUUUUGGUGGCGAAUAAGAAAGAUUUACGGAGCGAUGACAAUGUGAGAAGUGAGCUGUCGAGAAUGAAACAGGAACCAGUGAGAACGGAGGACAGACGCGCCAUGGCUGCUCGCAUCGGAGCGCACGACUACAUGGAGUGCUCUGCCAAAACCAAAGAGGGGUUCGGGAAGUGUUUGAGACCGCUACUCGAGCAUCCUUACAGAAGAGACCAAGACCACCCACUGGCUGUUUGAACUGUUGCCGACUGAUGUGAAAAAAAUAAAAUAAAAAAUAAACCUAUGACACAAAGGUGAGGGUUCACGGGACAUCCUCCUCGAAACGAUUGCUUUUUCGCGUAUGCCAUCAGCAGAAACGACUUUUUACUCAUA